UCAAGGACUCUUACUAGUCCCCUUCAUAGGCGGUGUGGAGAUAAACAAGCCCUCAAUAUUUUAAUCCUGAGCGAUGGAUCUGUACCAGAAAGUGCCACAGACAGUAAAGGACCCUUCAGACCCACAUAAACAGAAGACACAGAAACAAGAGGCAGUGACCAACUUCCUCACAGAAUGUCUGCCAAGCAAGCGAAUAUCUGCUGGAGCGAUUGACAUGCUGAAAGGCAAAUAUAUCAUACUUGAUUCAACAAGGAAGAAAUGGAAACCUACCUCAAAGGCAAGAUGUAGAAACAGCCUGUCAGCACGGGAUAGAAGAAAACUUAAAGUGUUUGACAUAAAGAAAGAUGGGCAUAAAUUUGAAGAGUACGUUCCUUUACACAGACUCUGGCAAGAUUAUAUGAGAGACAUUCUUGACAUACCUAGGUAUGCAUCAGAAGUUGCAGGUCAGAAGAAAGAGAACAAUGAGCGACUUCUGAAGGCUGACUACCAUGGAUGUAUGAUAGUUGUGCGUAAAACUCGAUGUCCAUCACUUCUGGGGCUGGCGGGAAUUGUGUUGAUGGAAACUAGAAAUACAUUUAAAGUCGUCACAAAAGAAAACAAAAUUAAAUGUUUGCCGAAGAUGAACACGCUGUUUUCAUUUGAGUUAGAUGGCUAUGUGUUUACUAUACAUGGCAACCAGUUUUGUUCAAAACCAACAAUGCGUGUGAGAAAGAAGUUCAAAUUCAAAGGACCUGUAGACAUUUAAGAAUUAAUGUACAUUGUUUUAUUGAUGUUGUAGUUUGUGUAAAAAUAAAGUUGAAAAAUAA